CCAGAUUUCUAGCCUUCUAGGGUAUUCUGGGUUAGCACUUCCUUGGUUUCUUUAUACAGAGAGCCACAGUGACAGUGGCAAGGGACUCAUUUCUAAGAUUAUCCCUCUUAAUCCUGCAAGUUUGAAGAAUAAGAAGAACAAGAAGAAGCAAUCAGAGCCUGAUCAAGUUUUACAGAGGAAGAGAUUGUGAAAAUGGGGUUCUCAAUGCAGCCGUAUGGUAUACAAUCCAUGCUCAAAGAGGGACACAAGCAUCUUUCGGGGCUUGACGAAGCUGUCCUAAAAAAUAUCGAUGCCUGCAAGCAGCUCUCCACUAUCACUCGCACCUCUCUUGGCCCUAACGGCAUGAAUAAGAUGGUUAUUAAUCACUUGGACAAGCUUUUUGUCACCAAUGAUGCUGCCACUAUUGUGAAUGAGCUUGAGGUUCAGCAUCCUGCUGCCAAAAUUUUGGUCUUAGCUGGCAAGGCUCAACAAGAGGAGAUUGGUGAUGGAGCUAACUUGACAAUUUCUUUUGCCGGUGAGCUCCUUCAAAAUGCAGAGGAGCUUAUCAGGAUGGGCCUGCACCCAAGUGAGAUCAUCAGUGGAUACAACAAAGGAAUCAACAAGACAAUUGAAAUCCUGGAUGAACUGGUGGAGAAAGGUUCGGACACAAUGGAUGUAAGGAAUAAGGAACAGGUCAUUUCUAGGAUGAAGGCUGCAGUUGCUAGCAAGCAAUUUGGACAAGAAGACACUUUAAGUAAUCUUAUUGCUGAUGCAUGCAUCCAAGUAUGUCCCAAGAACCCAGCAAACUUUAAUGUGGAUAAUGUCCGGGUUGCAAAGCUUGUGGGAGGAGGUUUGCAUGAUUGUACAAUAGUUCGUGGAAUGAUAUUGAAGAAUGACACUGUGGGUACUAUAAAGAGAGUGGAGAAAGCAAAGGUUGCUGUUUUUGCUGGCGGUGUUGAUACCUCAGCAACUGAAACCAAGGGAACUGUUCUAAUUCACUCUGCUGAGCAGCUAGAGAAUUAUGCCAAAACUGAAGAAGCUAAAGUCGAGGAGCUCAUUAAAGCUGUUGCAGAUUCUGGUGCCAAAGUAAUUGUUAGUGGAGCAGCUGUUGGCGAAAUGGCUUUGCAUUUUUGUGAACGUUACAAACUCAUGGUUUUGAAGAUUAGCUCAAAAUUUGAAUUGAGACGCUUUUGCCGCACCACGGGUGCUGUUGCUAUUUUGAAACUGAGCCAGCCAAACCCAGAUGACUUGGGAUAUGUAGAUUCCAUUUCCAUUGAGGAAAUUGGUGGAGCUAGGGUCGCUAUUGUAAAAAAUGAAGCGGGUGGGAACUCUGUAUGCACUGUGGUUUUACGGGGAAGCACUGAUAGUAUACUAGAGGACCUUGAAAGAGCUGUUGAUGAUGGAGUUAACACCUAUAAGGCUAUGUGUAGGGACAGUCGUAUAGUACCUGGAGCUGCAGCUACUGAAAUUGAAUUGGCUAGAAGACUCAAGGAAUUCUCUUUUAAAGAAACAGGAUUGGAUCAGUACGCUAUUGCAAAAUUUGCUGAGAGCUUUGAGAUGGUGCCUAAAACACUGGCUGAGAAUGCUGGCCUCAAUGCAAUGGAGAUCAUAUCGUCUCUUUAUGCUGAACAUGCAUCUGGAAAUACCAAAGUAGGUAUAGACUUGGAAGAAGGUGUUUGCAAGGAUAUGUCAACCAUGAAUAUCUGGGACCUUUACGUCACAAAGUUUUUUGCUCUCAAAUAUGCUGCAGAUGCUGCCUGUACUGUAUUGCGAGUAGACCAGAUUAUAAUGGCAAAACCAGCUGGUGGUCCAAAGAGAGAUCCAGCUGCAGGGAUGGAUGAAGACUAGUUUUACGCUUAGCCAUAACACUUUGGUCUUUGCUUGUAUCUUUUUAUGGGCAGAAUUUCGUUCUUGUGUCUUUUGCUACAAUUUUGUUUACUACAAAGAAAUGUUGACAUCAUUGCCUUUGUAUAUGCUACUUCUAAUCCAACUUCAUUUGAUGAUCGGUUGAGAUGGUAGGCUGGAAGUUACUUGUAUGAGCACUGUUGUUUCAAAAGAACAAUUUGUUUGAGUGGGUGCUUUGAGUUUGAGCCA